GUGAUCUAACUAGAACAUCGACAAACGCAAUCAUGGCGGAAAGACAAGACAGACGCGUGGUACCUGACGAUAUUAUGAAAAAUAUCGAAUUUGAAACAAGUGAAGAUGUUGAAGUCACUCCGACCUUUGAUAACAUGGGUUUGAGAGAAGAACUUUUACGUGGAGUAUAUGCUUACGGAUUUGAAAAGCCGUCAGCCAUUCAACAGAGAGCUAUAAAACCCAUUGUGAAAGGGCGAGAUGUGAUCGCUCAGGCUCAGUCGGGUACGGGAAAAACAGCUACAUUCUCCAUGUCCAUCUUACAGUGUUUGGACACACAAUUACGAGAAACCCAGGCCUUGGUACUGUCUCCGACGAGAGAAUUGGCAGUCCAGAUCCAAAAGGUUAUACUGGCCCUUGGAGAUUACAUGAAUGUCCAGUGUCAUUCGUGCAUCGGAGGUACAAAUGUCGGUGAAGACAUCAGAAAACUCGACUUUGGACAACAUGUAGUAUCGGGCACACCUGGAAGAGUAUUUGAUAUGAUCAGAAGGAGGAAUCUGAGGACCCGAUCUAUCAAAAUGCUUAUCCUCGACGAAGCAGACGAGAUGCUGAAUAAAGGUUUCAAAGAACAGAUUUAUGAUGUGUAUAGAUACCUUCCUCCUGCAACACAGGUUCUGCUCAUCUCUGCCACAUUACCCCAUGAAAUUUUGGAGAUGACCAACAAAUUCAUGACAGAUCCCAUCCGUAUCCUGGUCAAGCGUGAUGAACUGACACUUGAGGGAAUCAAACAAUUCUUUGUUGCAGUUGAAAGAGAGGAAUGGAAGUUUGAUACUCUUUGUGACCUGUAUGACACUCUCACCAUCACACAAGCUGUUAUUUUCUGUAACACAAAAAGAAAGGUCGACUGGUUGACAGAGAAGAUGAGGGAAGCCAAUUUUACUGUUUCAUCAAUGCAUGGUGACAUGCGACAAGACGAAAGAGAUGCAAUCAUGAAAGAAUUCAGAUCAGGUGCGAGUCGUGUGCUGAUAAGUACAGAUGUAUGGGCGAGAGGAAUCGACGUCCAACAGGUGUCGCUGGUCAUCAACUACGACCUUCCCAACAACAGAGAGUUGUACAUCCACAGGAUUGGUCGUUCUGGACGAUUCGGACGAAAGGGUGUGUCCAUCAACUUUGUGAAGAAUGACGACAUCAGGAUUUUAAGAGACAUUGAGCAGUACUACUCAACACAGAUUGAUGAAAUGCCAAUGAAUGUGGCAGAUUUGAUUUAAUUUUCGAAAAGAAAACAUUUUUUGUAAAGUCAUUGAAGUUCUAUAUUUAAGACUAAUGUAACUAUAUUGGACCGGUCAUUUCGAAUUAUUUUGAUGAAAGGGUGUGGCCAUCAACUGUGUGAAGGAUGACAACAUCAGGAUUUUAAGAGACAUUGAGCAGUACUACUCAACAGCGGCUUGAUGAAAUACCAAAGAAUGUGGCAGAUUUGAUUUAAUUUUCAAAAAGGAAACAAACAUUUUUAUCAAGUCAUAUUUCGUUAUAUAUUUGAGACAGUGUAACAAUAUGUGAAUAUAUUUGAUUACUGUGCAUCUCUUGAAGUAACUUGCUGCAACAAGUCAGCUGUAUUGUAGAUUAUAUUCACUUCAGAAGAACUUUAAACUGAAUGUAAAUAUUUUUAUUAUGUUUUAAGGUCAACAUUUGAGUUCGACUGUAGAGGAACUGGUAUUGGUUUGAUUAUGGUAGUCAGAUUGACCUUUUUAGAUUAAUAUUAGUUUCAACAUUGAUUAACUUUUGGUAUAUUCACUGUUUUUUAACAUCUGUAUAUAUAUAUACUUCAUCAUGAGGCCUUGGUUUCCAUAGAAACUACCAAUAAUCUGAUUGGCUUGAUGUUGAGGAUUCGCUGACAGUUAAGUGGGAUAGAUACAGAGUUGUUGAGGCAGGUUAAUCCUCUGCAUAACCUUGUAGUGAUUAACUCUAAUUCGACCAGAAUUAAAUUUCAAACUUAUAAAGUUUAAAAGAUAAUGUGUCUUAAAGAACUUGCAAGUUAUUCAGAAGUCUUAAAACUAAUAAAUGGCACCUUUCAAUGUUUAAACAACAUUUUUAUUUUGAGUAUAACAUCACAGUAAACAGAAAAAUGACAUUUCAUGUUUCAUAGAAUUUUAUUUUCCUGGUCAUUAUAAAUGUAAGAUAUUGAUCAUCACUAGAUGUAUUUUUGAAGUAAUGUAUGUAUGUCAUGUUCAAUGUUUUAAAAUUAAACACCAUUGAAUUAUAUAGUA